AUGAAUAAAGAAUCAGGUGCCAAAACUUAUAAAAAUAACCAAGGGUAAAAAUCAAGAAAAUAAGGGAAAGGAUCAAACACAAAAAAGGAAUAUAAUUGCAGAAUAAUACUAGAAAAGAAAAAUGAUAAAUAAAAUCUUGAGAAGUACAUUAAACAUAAGAAUGGCAAAUACAUAGAAAACAUAUAUUGA